UAGAUUUUCGUCCCAGAUUAUAGUUUUACAAGAGUUAUUUUCUUUAGUGUCAAGAACCCAUAAAAUUCUGGGAUAAGUCAUAGAAUAAAGAAGAUGAGCAACUAUAAUAGUGAUCAUAGUUCAUGUGGUUCCACUUCCCCACCUGAUGAAGAAUAUAACAAUAACAACAACGACAUUAAUGGCGAAAAUGUAUCUUAUGCUAGUACAAAUAGCGAGUUACUACCCUCUACAUCUGCUGAUACUUCGUCUGAGAUUCAACGCCCCAAAUCUCUUACGAGUGAAAAAAUAAAGGAUGCUAAAAAAGAUGGACCACUUGGUUUGAAGCUGACUAUUACACCAUCAUUUCUGGAUUUGUGUAAUAGAAUUCUCUCUGAAACAGAUGAGAGCUUUAUUUCAGAGGAUAGACUACUAAAAAACGCUAAUUUCUCUGCUUUAUCUCUCACAAUUGGCUCUUGGACGAUGUGA